AUGAAAUCUCAAGGGAGAAUACUAUUAGAUAAAAUGACUUGUUGUUAAUUAAAGAUUAGGUAGAAUUAAAGACAAUCAAGCUAAUUUAAGUUAAUGAUUUUAAGAUAUCAUUGGAGCUUAGCAAUCAAUAAGCUUCAAAAAAUAAUAAUUAAAAGAUGUUAGUAGCCCUUAAUAAAUCUUUAGGAAGAAACAAUUCAUAUGAAAAAAUCUAGAUCAUAAUAGCCAAGUCUACUGUUUAUGAAUAAAGGUUUUUAACAUCUUCGAUAUUAUUCUUAAAAUAAUUAGGCUUAAAUAAAAUCUUAAAGUGAAGAAGAAAUAUCUCCAAAAAGAUAAGAAGAACUUGAAUUCACUUAAAAGAAUAACAACAUAAAUAAGAAAGAAGAAAAAGGUUAAAUUGUGCAAAUUUAAAACAAUUUUAAAGAAUCAGCACAUUUUCAUACAGAAAGUAGUCUUGAUAAAUUAAAAUUUUAUGAAGAAUUUUUGGAUUUGUUUUAAAAAUAGAAGGAAGCAUCUCAUUUCGGUUAUUUAUGUAAUUUCGAAAUUAAGUUUAGCUUAAGAAAAAGCAAAAGAAUAAGAAAUGCUGAAAAAAAAAAUAAUAGAUAGUAGACCUAGUAAACCUUUAUCAGAUAUAAAAAUAUUUUUAUCACUUAUAAAGAAACCUCAUGUAGAUAUUGAACAAAGUAAACCAAAAUAAUAAUAAGAAUUUGUACUGCAUUUAAUUUUUGGAAUAUUUUUCUUGAUUAUAGUGAGUAUAUAUCUAGUAAUGUGA